AUGAGUAAGACGCACCCUCCUGAGCUGAAGAAAUACAUGGACAAGGAGAUGGAUCUAAAGCUGAACGGAAAUCGUCGUGUGUCCGGAGUGCUUCGCGGAUUCGACCCAUUUAUGAACAUGGUCAUCGAGGUGAGCUUUAUCUUUAAGGAGAAUUAUGGAGCUGUAAUUGGUCACUUGUAUUUCGCCACUUAUACUUUUGAACAGGACGCAGUCGAGCAUCCCAAAAAUGGAGAUCCAGUAUCACUCGGAAUGGUUGUGAUUCGUGGAAAUUCAGUUGUGAUUAUGGAACCGAAGGAACGAAUAUCCUAA